AUGGACUCUUACAGCUCCUCUUACCGGGACUCCUCGGCAAGAUCGCCAUCAGAUCGCACCUGGGGCCGCGACGAAUCGAGAACUAGGGAUGAGCGCUCCGAUACCUUUUAUCGUGGACGGUCUCCAGGCAACGACCGAAGAGAUCGCAGACGUUCACGUUCACCUGGUGUCGACCGAUACGAACCUAGGUCUCGCCGAGACGACAGAGAUAGAGAUGAUCGCCGACGAAUAAGUUCACCACCUGCAAACAUUGACCGUUAUGUUCCUGGACAAGAGGGCGCAUCCCCCGGGAUCACGGUGAACCCUCUAGCCGAUCCAGCACGCCUGCCUUACCAGGUGGGAUUCUCCUACUUUGGAGAAUGGUGGAGAAUGAACGAGAAGAUCAAGGACGACAAAGAACGAGCCCGGACUGGUCGGAGACGUGAGCCAGAGCGGCCACGCGGGCCGGAGGAGCGUGAAAAGGAAAAGGCCAAGAUUCAAGCCGCGUACGACGCGUACAAGGAAGAGCUACAAGCAAAGAUGGCGCGUUCUUUUGUGUCCGAACACAAAAAAGAGCAGUGGUUCAGGGAGAGAUAUGUGCCAGAGAUCCGCGACGAGCUUCGUAGCAAGCUAAACGAAAUCCGUCGUGGCGCCUACAGCCAGUGGGAGCAAGAUUUGGAGACGGGCACGUUUGAUGAGUUUUCGCUCGAGGGCCUUCCCAAAGCUGAGAGCAAUGGCGCGGGCGGUGUCGUUGAAAAGGAGGAGGGCGAGGCCACGGCAAGUAACGAGGUUUUGGGCGUCGGCGAUCUCCUCCCCGCCAACGGUGCCGACAUCCGCGACGAGAACCAGUUCCAGCCUACUCUGCUCAUCAAGACCAUCGCGCCACACGUCAGCCGCCAAAACCUCGAGUCGUUUUGCAAGGAGAAUUUGGGCGAGGAAGAAGGCGGAUUUAAGUGGCUGUCUCUGUCCGACCCCAAUCCGAGCAAAAGAUACCACCGCAUAGGGUGGGUGAUGCUACACCCGUCUUCCGAGACAGCACUCCCGGCUGAUCGAUCAGACCCCAAGGACGACGACGGGGAUUUGGACGUUGCCACGCCACAACCAGUAUCAACGGCGGAAAAGGCGCUCGAGGCGGUCAAUGGCAAGACGGUAAAGGAUGAAGUGCGAGGCGACUUCGUAUGCCAUGUUGGCGUCCACAAUCCUCCCAACAACCCCAGAAAGAAGGCGCUGUGGGAUCUCUUCUCCGCUCCCGAGCGUGUUGAACGAGACUUGCUGCUCGUUCAGCGUCUGGUCAACAAGUUUGAGGAGGAUUUUGGUUCAGAUUUCCAGGCCAUCCUCAAGGUGGAGGAAAAGGUGGACGACAUGCGCAGCGCCGGCCGUCUGCAGCCUGCCGUGUCACAGACACCAGCGAAAAAGGUCAAGAAGCAACGUCAAGUGGCUUUGGAUGAAGCCAUGGAUGAUGACGAUGACGAUGGCAUGGUUCAUGAAGACGAGGAGGACGAGGAAGAAGAUGGUGCUAUUGACGAAGAGGCUGAUGACGAGGACAUGCUCGUCAAGAAGAAGCAACUAGAUCUUUUGAUUGAGUAUUUGCGUCGCGUCUUCAACUUUUGUUUCUUUUGCGUCUUUGAGAGUGACUCUGUUCAUGAGCUGACGCGCAAGUGCCCCGGUGGCCACCUGCGUCGUCCCAGAAGCACAUUGUCGUCGUCGGCGAGAUCGGUCGCCCGCGCAAGUGCCAAUGGCGAGCCAUUCCCCGAGAAGAAGAAGGCAGCCGACGCUGAAGAAAUAGACGCCGAACCCGCAGACGGGGACAAGAAGUUCCGCAACACGUCAAACAAGACGGAGCAGCAAUUGCUCCGGGCCUACAACUGGGUCAAGACUUUUGAGGACAAGAUUAUGCAAAUCUUGGAACCCCAAACAGUCGACAUUCGCAAGCUUGGUGGGCGGCCAGUUGAAGACGCGGUUGAAGACGAGUUGGCCAAGUUUGUAAAGCAGGAAGAUGAGCACAAGUGGCGCUGCAAAGCACCAGAAUGCUCCAAGCUCUUCAAGGAGGAACACUUUUGGAAGAAGCACGUGGAAAAGAGACAUGGAGACUUUCUCGAUAGCAUGAAGCAAGAGUUUGAGCUCAUCAAUGCAUACGUGAUGGAUCCUGCGCACAUUGCGCCAUCCAGGACGGAUGCCAACUCUAACGGACACUUCCCUCCUGCCAAUGGGCAGAAUGCCACGGGAACGCCGCGUGGGUUCAACCUGCAGAACUUUUCAAUGAAUGGCAUGAUGGGCAUGCCAGGGUUCCCCAUGGCUGGAGGCAACUUCCCACCCAUGUUCGCCGGUAUGCAGGCCGGCGGCUGGAACCCAAUGGGCGAAGAACGCUCAGGAGGCGGCCCAAUUCGCCGCGGCGGCAUGGGCAAUCGGGGACAGUAUCGCACAGGGCCGUAUGACCGCCGGGGCAACAGGUUUGAUGGAGGCCGAAACCGCACCGGAGGAUCUCGCUGGGGCGAUGGAGCUGGUGGUGCAACGGGUGGCCCUCGCGAAGCCGUGCAAGGUCGUAGCCUGAAGAGCUACGAAGACCUCGACCACGUCUCUGGCGGUGGCGGUGGCGAACUCAACUACUAA